AGGACGAUACCCAUCUGGGUCAGUCUGAUAUCCCUGACAUGGGCCUUCCGGACAAUUUGUCGUACCAGCAAAACAACCUCCAGCUCAAUGACAUUGACAUGAGCUUCAUGGACAACAAUUUCCUGUACCAGCAAGGAUAUGCCCAGCCAGGACCUUCCAACAUGGCAUUCUCUCAGAACAAUCAGUUCGGGGGCGUGCCGUUGGCUGACAACAUGCCGGCUAACCUGGGCCCAACCGGAACCACCACUGGUCCUUCGGGGCAGCUGAUUGGAUCGCCCUUCGAUGCUGGGCUUUUCCAGUCUGGUCUAGCGCAGCCUGACGACCUUGAGCAACAUACAGAGGCUUCGCCCUCUGCAGGCGCCACAGCGCCCUUUCUUCCCGCUCAUCCUGCAAGUACUGGGGUUGGAACCAAUGAUGGUCCAGCCUUCAGUCCCGCAGGAGGCCAGCGAGUUUUUUUUUUUUUUUUAAAUCCUACUGACCCAAGGGGACGGUAGUGCGGAUAGAGCCUCAUUCAGUGCUUCAUGUGAGGCAAUGCGUCGAUACCCUUGCUGCUACCCAACCUGCCCCUGUCUCUCCUUCAGCCGCAUCUACGAUCUACAGCGCCACUACGACACCGUGCACAAUCCGAAGGCCUUCUACUGGUGCCGUAACAGCACGUGCGAGCGUGACUUUCCUAAUGGUAGACCAUUCCCCAGAAAGGAUAAGCGCAAUG